AAACAGGUGCAUUCCACCCUCCUUUCCGCCGAGGCCAAACUGCUCUUUAAAAGGAUUCCCAAAGCCACGGUCACGUCCUGGGCAGGCUCAACCCUGCGCCAGCAUGAGGACGUUACUGCGGCACCUGAUUCAAAGCAGGGUCCUGAUCCUGAUGGUGUGCGCCGCUGGCAUCGGAGGCACUUUCCAGUAUGGAUACAACCUCACCAUCAUCAAUGCCCCCACAGCAUUUAUCCAAGAGUUUGUGAACGAGACCUGGCUGGAGCGCACCGGCACCCCCUUGAGCACACCGGCGGUGACCCUCAUUUGGUCUUUCAUCGUCUCUCUUUUUCCUUUGGGGGGGCUCACGGGAGCCCUCCUGGCUGGGCCCAUGGCGAUUAGACUGGGAAGGAAGAAGUCCUUGCUGCUGAACAACCUGUUUGUGGCCCUUGCUGCUCUGCUGGUGGGCUUCAGCUGGAUGGCAAAAUCCUUUGAAAUGAUCUUGCUGAGCAGAUUCUUUGCAGGAAUCAAUGCGGGGGUGAGCAUGAGUGUUCAGCCCAUGUACUUGGGAGAGAGUGCACCCAAGCGACUCCGGGGGGCUGUGGCCUUGACGUCGGCAUCCUUCACCGCUCUGGGGCUGGUGCUGGGACAGGUGGUGGGACUGAGAGAAAUACUAGGGGCAGAGGAGAGUUGGCCCCUUCUCUUGGCCAGCAAUGUGGUGCCAGGCCUGAUCCAGCUGGUGCUUCUGCCUUGGGCCCCCGAAAGCCCCCGGUACUUACUGAUGGACCGAGGUGACGAGGAAUCCUGCUUCCAGGCCUUGCAGAAGCUACGGGGCAGCAGCCAGGACUUGAGUGGCGAGAUGAAGGAGCUGCUGGCUGAGCAGGUGGCCAUCCGGGGGAAGGUGGCGGCGUCCCCCUGGACACUUGUGCGGAACCCGGCAGUGAGGUGGCAACUGGUCUCCGUGGUGGUGCUCAGCAGUGCCAUGCAGCUCUGUGGCAAUGACUCGAUGUACUUCUAUGCUUCUUUCAUCUUCCAAGAGGCUGGGAUCCCACUGGACAAAAUCCAGUACUGCAUCAUCGGCACAGGGAGCUGCGAGCUGGUGACGGCCCUGACCUGCAACCUCCUCGUAGACCGCACUGGGCGACGGGUGCUGAUCAUCGGGGGCUACAGUCCUCCCUCUUCCCCACCCCAUGUCAUCCUCUCCCCCUUGGGCCUGCAGGAUCAACUCAGCUGGAUGCCCUAUCUCAGCAUGGGCUGCCUCUUUGCCUACAUCCUGAGCUUUGGCAUUGGGCCGGCCGGUGUGACGGGAGUGAUACCCACAGAGAUUUUUGAUCAGAUGACCCGCCCGGCUGCAUACAUGAUCAGCGGCUCUCUGCUCUGGACCAACCUGUUCCUGGUGGGCACAGCAUUUCCUUUCAUUGUGGAAGGACUCGGCCAUUACUGCUACCUGCCUUUCCUCACCGUUUGCGUCUGCACAGCGCUCUAUGUUGGUUUUUUCUUCCCUGAGACAAAGGGGAAAACCUUUCUGGAAAUCUCAGAAGAGUUCGACAAGUGGAACGUCAGUGCCCAGAGGGAGGAGAACUUGGCGGAGCCUUCUGAAGAAACAAAAUCCACCAUGCUGUAGCCUCGGAAGAGAGAGGAGACGGUCUGGCCUGACAACAGGGACCGGAUGGGUGUCCCCGCCACAGGCCGCCUUCUCUCUUGGCCCCUGGACUGGCUGGCAGGGAAGAGAAUGUGGGAGCUGGAGCCAUUCUAGGGGGCCUCGCAUAACACUGGAGACACAGCCUGCUGACAGUCGGCUCAGGGACGCAGCCUCCCAGUCUCAAGCCUGAGGGGUUUCUUGGUCCGAUCCGGAGUAGAGGGCUCCACCUGCUCCUUCUCUACAGCUGGGGGGAAAAAAACCCCGAGACAGUCGGCUGAUGGACAGGACCCCUCUUAGGAAGGUAGGGCCUGGGCCUGUGCUGCUCCAGAACAUCUCGUGGGUGGCGUGGAGGGCGCACCUCUUAUUUCUCAUUUGGAGGCUGGGAAGAGUUGCUGCACAGCGCUGCUGCCAUUUCCCUGCUGGUCAGACCGCCUGCCCUGAUGCCUUGCUGGAGCCCUGAGUCUCUCUGACCCUCCCACUGGUGUCCAUACAGCCAUUCCUCGGUCUCCAUGCAUGCGAAUGAGACAGCAGGUAGAUUUCUCCUCCUCCUGCUCAUCAGCUACCAACCAUCAGCUACCUCUGCAAGUCUAUAUUUGCACCUUUAGCUCUGAAAUUGACUGGAUGGCACACAGUUAUUAUUAUUAUUAUUUGCAUUAUUGAUAAAUGUGUGAUUUAAA